AUGAGUCACGACACGGCGGGCGACAUCUCGCACCAGACGAACAGCCUCGAGCAACUGCCACACCGACCACCUAUUGCAGAUGAUCAGCACCACGUCGUCGUUCCCUCCAUUGCGGUCAACGAGCUGGAGAAGGUGCGCGUUGGGCACCAAGAGGAUCCCGAUCUGCCCCAGGAGAGGAUCGAUAUUGUGAAGAAGACGCUCGAAGAUGGCGAAGCCGAUGAGAUUGCUCGAGCCGAGAUGCCCUUCUUCGAGAACUCGCCAUAUGAGGAGGUUCGCGCUGCCGUCCGUUCAACGGAUGACCCCACCAUCGUGGCCAACACUGUUCGGGCUUGGGUCUUGGGUAUGAUCAUGGUGACGAUUGGCAGUGGCUCGAACAUGUUCCUGAGCAUGAGGAGUUCCGCCAUCAACUUUUCAGCUCUGUUCGUUCAGCUGGUCGUCUAUUCCAUCGGCUGCCUGUGGGCCAAGGUCAUGCCCACCAGAGUGUUUCGCACCUUGGGCGUAGACUGGUCACUGAAUCGCGGCCCCUUCAAUAUCAAGGAGCACGUCGUCAUCACAUUGAUGUCUAACGUGAGCAUCGGCUACGCUUACUCGACUGACGCUCUCAUCGCUUUGGCCGGCAAGCCCUUCUACAAUAUCGACAUGGGCUGGGGCUUCCAACUGCUGUUCACUCUCAGCUCGCAGCUCAUCGGUAUAGCCCUCGCUGGCAUAUUCCGCCGCUUUCUCAUUUGGCCCUCGUCCAUGAUAUGGCCCAGCCAGUUCGCCAACACAUCUCUCUUCUACGCCCUACACGACCACCGUAAGAGUGACGCCUCGCAGACCGAUGGCUGGGUCACCAGCCGCUACCGCUACUUUUUCUACGUUGCCAUGGGCAUGUUCGUGUACUACUGGAUCCCUGGUGUGCUGUGGCAGGGGCUCUCCGUCUUUGCGUGGGUUACUUGGAUCAUGCCUGACAAUGUUGUGGUCAAUCAGCUCUUUGGCGGCUUCACAGGCUUGUCGUUGAUCCCGAUCACGUUCGACUGA